GUUACCUCCACCGAAAGAUCAUUCAUACAAUACAUUAUAGAUACAAUAUACACGACUACUAGAGUGAUUUAGUGACAUCGGCCACAUCGUAGGGACACACGAUACGCAAGAUUCUUACUAACACACUCCGUGGUCGUACAUCAGGAAGUGACGAUGCCGUUUUGUGCUCGACAGUGUUUUCUGGGUAGUUAACAGGUGGGAAUCUCGAGCUCGCGUGGCCCGCCGUUCAACAUGGCGGCCAGGAACUUUACCUCCGUGGCCGAGAUCCUCGCGCUGGGGCUGAGUCGGCCUGGGAUGGCGCCGUCGGCCUCCUCCUGGCCCAGUGCCUCAGGAGGCGAAGGAUGGGCCAGCAAUUCCUCGCAUUCCUCAAGACUGGAGGACUACAGAAGAGUCCCAGAGGGAGGCGCAGACGCGGGGCCUUGGGGAACUGCAGGAGCGAGGGAUGCGGGGAGUGACACGGAAGUGCAGCGGGACAACGUUAGUGAUGCGUUAUACUCGGUUUACAAUGCGAUGAGUAGUGGUUACAUUAGCAGUGAAAACGACAGUGAAGUGAGAUUAGAUAAUCAGGAAUAUCACCGCCUUGAAAACCAGUCUGUAGGUGCUUUUAGUGUUGGAUCUAGAAAUGAUGCGUUUGAAAAUGCUCGUGUUGGUUUAGUAGGUAAUGGAGAUGCUGAGUCCGUGGCCGGCUCCGCCGAGGUGUCCGUGGGUGAGGGCGGCGCGGCCAGCAGCUUCAUGGGUGCUUUGUUAGGGUUCUCGCCCCGCGCCGCAGACGACCAGGGCUCUCUACCGUCCAGAAAUUCAUCCUCGAUCUUUAGAGACGUCCUCAACUUCACCCUCGACGGCGGCAACGAGACCUUCGGUGCCCUGGAGAGCGGGGACUUCCAGGGGCUGCUGGGCCUGCAGGGCGCCCCCUACUUCUCCGCGUACACGCAUAACGGCAGCCACCACGGCGGCAACAGCACGAGCGAGGCGGAGACGCUCUUCGCGAACUACCCACCGCUUCUGCUGGACUUCGCCGUCUUCUGCUGCGUCCUUUUCAUCGUGCUGGGUGUCCCCGGCAACCUCAUCACCAUCGUCGCGCUCGUCAAGUGUAAAAAGGUUCACAACGCCACCGCCGUGUUCAUCAUCAACCUCACGCUCUCUGACCUGAUGUUCGGCGUGUUCAACCUCCCCCUGGCGGCUUCCCUCUUCGGUCACCGGGCUUGGGUGCAUACGGGCUUCCUGUGCCAGCUGUUCCCCAUUCUGCGCUACGGUCUCGUGGCUGUCUCCGUCUUCACCGUGCUGGCCAUCACCAUCAACCGCUACGUUAUGAUUGCACACCCGAGACUCUACCACAAGCUGUACACGCGGUCGCUGCUGACCAUCAUGGUGCUGGCCACGUGGGCGGGGGCGUUUGGGGCGCUGGUGCCGACGCUGCUGGAGCUGUGGGGAACCUUCGGGCUGGACGAGGCCAUCGGCUCGUGCACCAUCCUGCCCGACAGCGACGGCAAGUCUCCGAAGGUGUUCCUGUUCGUGUUCGCCUUCGUGCUGCCCUGCGUGGCCAUCUGCGUGUGCUACGCGCGCAUCUUUUGCAUCGUCCACCGCGCCGACAAGAAGAGUCACGGCGCCACGCGCGGCCUCAUCAAUGGCAAGCGCCGCAAGCGACCUGUCGCCGCCCCGCCCCACGACCCGCCCACCCUACAGACCCUGCAGACCACGCCGCUGCAUGACCGCCUGCAGCUCGAGACCCUCGUCAAGCUGUCCACCAGCAGGAACUCCGUCAGAGUGGAGAUCGUGGAGCCGGGCGAGAAGAGUGAGAAGGAGAAGAACGAGGAGAGAAACGGCGGCGAGAACGGCGAGUCGGCACCGAAGGAGCCCGCGCGAACGCCCUCGCCUCUCCUCACCUCCGGAGACACCAUAACCGACGCUAGCUCGCUGCUGAAGACGGAGGUGAACGGCUUCUCGGGGCAGACAUCCGAGGAGUGCGUGGCGGCGGCGACCGUGCCUUCCCCCAUCCGCGUGUGCCCUCCGACGGCCCCCUCGUCGCCGGCGUCCGAGCGCUCCGAGCCGAGGGGCAACGCGGUCGAGCGGCGCCCGUCCACCAUCUCCGGCUUCGGCGGUACCUUCUCGCACCUGCGCGGGACCUUCCGCAAGACGCGCGCUGGCUCCUUCAUCGCGCGCCAGCCGGACCUCAGCGCCAAGGACCGCCGCCUCCUCAAGAUGAUUCUGGUGAUCUUCAUCUCGUUCGUGCUGUGCUACCUGCCCAUCACGCUCAUCAAGACCUUCAGCAAGGACGACAACCCCGUGCUCAACAUCGUCGGCCUCCUCCUCAUCUACAUGACCACGUGCAUCAACCCCAUCAUCUACGUGGUCAUGUCGUCUGAGUACCGCCAGGCCUACGUGAGCCUCCUGACGUGCAGGCGUGACACCGACGCGACCAAUCGUUCCGUCACCAAAAUAUCCUGAAA